AUGAGGAGGUUUUUUGUACGGACAGAGCCUCUCCUGUUUAAAUGUACUCCCCUGCAUGUAUCCUACGUGACGUCUAAGACAUCAUGGCACUAUCUACCGAUACGCCAUGCAUCUAAUCGAAGCAAGUCUUCCUCUAAGUAUUUAGCACGUCAACGCCAUGACGAAUUCGUUCGCUUAAAAAAAGCUGAUGGAACUGGAUAUGUCUCGCGUUCUGCAUACAAGCUUCAACAACUAAGCCAAAAAUACCCCUUCCUCCAGCCUGGGCGCGCCAUUGUUGACUUGGGAGCUGCUCCUGGUGGUUGGAGUCAAGCUGUCGUGCGACAAUGCCCUAAUUCGCAGGUAUAUGCUUUGGAUCUUCUUCCUUUGCAGAUAUCCGAGCCCAAUGUUGUUUUUUUACGCGGUGAUUUUAUGAACCAGCAAGUGCGCUCUGAUUUGACCUCCUUGGUGUCCCGAAAAGUGGACGUCGUGCUCAGUGAUAUGAUGGCCAAUACUUCAGGGAAUGCUGUUCGUGACGCACAGGCAUCGCUUGAUUUGUGUACGGCUGCUUUUGAUUUUUGUCUAUCUAUGCUACAAGAGUCAAGCACGGUGUACAAGAACCCUGGAGAUGCUAGCGUUUUGCCAACUUUUGUGUGUAAAUACUUCAUGAGCCCUGAGGCAGACGAAUUUCGAAAGGUAUUGAAGCAACACUUUCAAUACGUACGCUCAGAAAAGAUGAAGGCUAGUCGGUCAGAGAGUCGCGAGCAGUACUGGGUAUGCAUCGGCUUUCGAAAACCGCUAUGA